CUAUUUUGGCAUAUUGGAACCUGUUCGCUCACAUCAAGAACCUGCAGAACACCUCGAGGACCCGGAUGGAAAGUCUCAGGUUCUUAUUCAUCACUGGGGUUUUCUUCUCCCUGCUGGCAGUCGUGGCCUUCGUCACUUUCCUGUCCAUCGCCAUCAUCAACAAAGAGUCUCUGACCAACCCUCUCAGUUUCUACAUGUCCAGCGUGUGGAGCGUCGUGAGCUUCAAGUGGGCCGUCCUGCUCGUCCUAACGGCCAACCACUACCGCAAAGAGUUUAACAGUAUCGACAUCCUUCAGGACAGUUGA